GUUUACCGAUGCAGAAAUUCGACGGAAGGAAGCUGAAAAUAACAAAUGGCGUUAGGGCUAAUAUUGGGGAUUGGGAGGACGUUCAGGAAGAAGCGAGCGUCGUCGCUAGAUAUUCUGACGUCGAAGAGGAGUCAUAAAGGCUAUUACAAGGGCAAAAAUUGCAAGCCCACCGGUUUCCACACUCGAAAAGGUGGUUAUGUUGUGGUUCCUGAAAAGAUACCAAACUACGUGGUGCCAGAUUUGACGGGAUUCAAGCUAAAGCCGUACGUAUCACAGUGUGGAAUACAGGCUUUUGAGUCAUCUAAAUGAACGUGCUCGGCUUAGUCUCCUUGCGAUGCUGCUGCUCAGUCUGAUAUGUUUAAACUAAUAACUGAAAAAAAAAUAUUUCAUUUUCCCUCCGAAAGUACACCUUUAUGAUUUAAACUGAAAUGGACUAAAUGGUGAUAUUUUCACUUUCAGAUAUUACUUUUCAUGGAUUAUAGACUAGUGAAAGUUUGAGUUUGGUAUAGUUUA